AUGGAGGCAGACUGGGACGAGCUUGCAUUCGUGCAGCUGCCUCCCCCAGGACCACACCAUCCUGCCACGCCCGUAGCGACUUUUGCCUUUGACACGUCCCAGGAGCUGCUAUGGACCGGCAAUAGCCUUGGGCGCGUUGCUUCCUUCUAUGGCGCGACCCUCGAGCGCUACACCUCCUACCGUGGCCAUGCUGCCAAUGAAGGCCCAGUCAAGCAGUUUCUGUUUACCGAGAAGGGCGUCCUGUCGAUUUCGAAGCAGAGCAUCCACUAUGCUCACCGGCGCGGCAUUACACAAUGGCAUCUCACAAACAACGAAUUCAAAGACCUCAAGUGCAUGAACUUCACCUCCAAAGGCACACGAGAGAUCCUUGUCGCAGGCGCUCAAGACCGCAUGUUCAAGGUGGACAUUGAGAAGGGCGCCAUCACCGAGACGCUUCCAGCCGAAGCCCAGUACACCAUCAUGAAGCGUGCAGGUCAAUACAUCUGCGCCGCCACGAAGAACGGCGGCAUCCACAUCCUGGAUUCCAACUCGCUCACCAACAUCAAAGCUUUCGACGCUCACACGGGUAGUAUCAGUGACAUGGACGCAAAAGGAGAUUUCCUGGCGACGUGCGGCUGGUCGCCUAGACAGCAGCACGCCUACAUGCUCGAUCCGUUCACACAUGUCUUCUCCCUGAAGACAUUGAAGCAACUGCCGCCGAUUCCUUUUCAUACCGGUGCAGCUUUCGUCCGAAUGCACCCUCGCAUGUCGACCACUGCGAUUAUCGCCUCGCACAACGGUCAGAUGCAGGUCAUCGAUCUAAUGAACCCAGAUGCUGCGAAUCUGCGGCAAAUCAACUUGUAUGAUUCUUAUCUCCAUGGCUUCGAGAUGGCGCCCUCUGGCGAGGCUUUCGCUUUGUCAGAUAGUAACGGACAAGUCCAUUUGUGGGGGUCUCCUUCCAAGGUGCACUUUCCAGAGUAUAGCAACCCCACAGAGUUCGCCGACCACCCUAUACCUCCGCCUACCAUGGACUGGUCACUAGACACACCUCUGAACACAGUUGGUAUGCCGUAUUACAAAGAAAAUCUACUUUCCAGCUGGCCGAGCCAUAUCGUUUUCGAAGUAGGCGCCCCACCACCCAAGAUUGAUGCCUCCAUCUUGGCCAGUAUGACACGGACCGAAAUGGGCUUCUUCGCAAAGAAUCCUCGUACAAAGCGUCGAAAUCAAGCUGAAUCCAGACGGCAGUCAGACAGAGUUACAGACUCACUAUCAGCGCCUAAGUUCUUGAGCGAGCAAUCUCGGACGGCACAAUCGUACAGCAGCGAAGCAGAAAGUAAAACUACUGAGACCAUGGAGUCUCUGACUGACUUACACUUGGAAGAUGUCACACGGAAAGAGGUACCGUCGAUGUAUGGCAAUGUCGAAAUCAAAUACAGCAAAUUUGGUGUCGACGACUUUGACUUUGCCUACUACAACCAGACACCCUACUCGGGAUUGGAGACACACAUUGCCAACUCAUACGCAAACUCUCUGCUGCAGUUGUUCCGCUUCACACCCUUGAUUCGAAACAUCGCGUUGCAGCACACUGCCUCAGCCUGUCUGUUCGAAUCGUGUCUCCUAUGCGAGCUAGGCUUCCUCAUCGACAUGCUUGAGAAAGCGGCCGGACUCAACUGCCAAGCCUCGAAUUUCCUGAAGACAUUCAGCAGCUUAUCAAAUGCAGUGUCGUUGAAUCUGUUGGAGGAGUUCGCGCCCAACGUUGCGCUUACAAGUAUGAUUCAAAAUCUUAACCGAUUCUUGUUGGACAAGAUAUCAGACGAAGUCCGGCAAAUGUUGCCUGUCAACUCCGGACCAUCACCAAUGGAUCAUAUCUUGGAAACACAAGCAAGAGCAAGUAUGAGAUGCGCGCAGUGUGCGAACGAAACCAUCAGGGGUGGCAGGAAUUUUGUAAACGAGCUCGUAUACCCUGCGAAACAUGUCAUGAAGAACACAAGGAUACCACGCCCGACCUUCUCACAGAUCCUAAAGGCCAGUGUCGAGCGCCAGGACCAAACGCGCGGGUGGUGCACAAAAUGCAACAGAUAUCAACAGAUGGUACAAAGGAAGACCAUUCAGACCAUUCCUGGCGUUCUGAUGCUCAACGCAGCAAUCCAGAGUCAUGAAGCCAAGCUGUUGUGGUCGAUACCGCACUGGUUGCCGCAAGAGAUUGGAAUCAUAAUCGACCAAGGGCAGUUCUAUUGCUUUGAAGGCCAAGACCUGAAACUGCAUCUGCAACGAGGCGUCUUCGAAAUCAUGGUGUUCGAGUUGAUUGGCGUUGUCGCCGACAUCAACAGUGGAGAGCAUCAGAAGCCGCAUCUUGUUGCGACCAUCAACACUGCGCCAUCGUCUGGAGAGCCCACUUCCGAGGACAAGUGGCACCUCUUCAACGACUUUUUGGUCCGGCCCAUACCCAAGGAAGAAGCUCUGCGGUUCGAACCAGGCUGGAAGCUUCCUUCUGUGCUCACCUACCAGCUGAAGGCAGCCAGAAACAAGAUUGAUGACUCGUGGAAGGACAAUCUCGAUGUCUCGAUCCUGUACAGAUGGUGGUCGUCGAAUCCUUCACCUCCCGACUCCACGUUUAGACUUCUCGAGGCUCAGGCCGAAGCGCCGAAGCCCGGAUAUCCUGUCGCCAUCGAUGCAGAGUUCAUCCGUCUCCAAGCUGAAGAGAUUGAAAUGAAAGCUGAUGGUACCCGCCAGACCAUCCGCCCUGACCGCAAAGGCCUUGCCCGCGUCUCGGUCUGCCGUGGUAGUGGUGAGCAUGCUGGCCUGCCUUUUAUCGAUGACUACAUUGCUGUCAGCGAACCUGUCGUCGAUCAUUUGACUGCCUGGUCUGGAAUCUCUCCAGGCGACCUCAACCGCGAGACUUCGCCUCACGCACUUGUCAGCCUCAAACAUGCGUACAAGAAACUUUGGCUCCUGCUCAAUCUUGGCUGCGUCUUUGUUGGUCAUAGCUUAGCCAACGACUUCCGCACAAUCAACAUCCACGUUCCUAAGAACCAGGUCGUCGAUACAAGCAAUCUCUUCUUCCUACCAGAGUACAAGCGCAAACUCAAUCUCAAGUUCCUCGCUUGGUGUGUGCUGAAAGAGUCAAUUCAACAAGACACGCACGAUUCCAUUGAGGACGCGACGACGGCGCUCAAGCUGUGGCGCAAGUACGAAGAGUUCGUGGACGCGGGCGUGCUGGAGCAGAUGCUCAACGAUAUCUACGCAACCGGCAGCCAGUACAGAUUCAAGGCACCCGGAAGCAGUGGGGCGAACGUAGGCCAGGGCGCAAUGGGCAUGGCGAGUCAAGUAGGAACGGGGAGGAACACGCCCGAGCCCAUGACGACGCCGAGAAAGGGGGGUAUGUUUGGCACGAUUGGAUUCAGAAGUCCUUUGAGAUAA